ACAAGCAGAGGAAGGAGACGAAGAAGAAGGAGAAGAAGAAACUCUGUGGUUUUGGUCAUCUUCUCUGUGAUUUUCUUCUUCUGGUUUCUGUUCUCCUUUCCCGGGAGCCAAACAGGGUAGUUCCGGAGAGAAUUGGCAAUUGUUGUAACUGCGAAAUGUCGAGGAUCUGAAGCUUCCGACAGAGGAAAUUAGUUUCUAGGCGCAUUUCAAAUAUAUUUGAGCGAUUUUCUGAAGGAAUUCGAACUCGUUGAUGAGAUAAAUAGAGGGAACAAUCGUCAGACUCGGAGAUUAACCCUCUGAAUUGCAAUCGUCUCGUCGAGUUUCUUGCCCUCUUUUUGCAUUUUUCGUUGUCUGUAGAACACGAGAAGAAGAGUUCUUCAACGAAUUUUGGAUGGUGAAAACGGCCAUAUCUGGCUGAGAUAGGUGAGGAACCGUUGCUCUGGUUCACAGAUCAGAGAAAGCGAAGAGAGGCUGUGACAAUCUGCUUAAGUGGAUUUGAUUUCCAUCUUUUGGAUUAAGAUAAUUUGCAAUAUCAAAUUUUGAGUUUUGAGCAUUCAACCGCUCGAGCAAGCUCAUACUUUGAUCAGCCUGCAAAUUCCCGUCGAAAUAGAUGAGAAUCGUAGUACUCGGUGUACAAAAGCAAAUGGACAAAGAAAAAGACACGGCGACUAGGCAAAACCAUAACAACAACAAUACUAAUACAUGCGGUAGAGAAAGAGGCGGAGGAGGAGAUGGGUCGCUUCUGUUAAGAGCGAGUUCCGAUGCCGUAAGACAAACGACGUCGUCGGAUUUCGUUUUGCAGUGGGGGAAUCGUAAGCGGCUAAGGUGUAUGAAGGUCCAGGUUAAGGACAAGGACAAGGACGACUCGACCGCGCCGGUUCAUCGGACCACGGUUCGAGUGGACCGCCGGGUCGUGAGAGCCGACAAAGACUUGUCUAAUCAGCCAAGCACCACCAAUAACGGUGGUGGCUAUAUAAAUCUCCGCCAAAGACCUUCCUCGCCUCAGCCACCGCCUUCUCACCGGGUUCUCAGAAACUUGGAGACUUCUGGUGCCAUGAGAGGGCAAAGCAACGGAGGCGUUAGGGGAAUUGCUUCGCCGGAUAGGGGUGCGCACGAUAAGAAAGGGACCAAUAACGGAAACCACUGCAACCACCACCAUAACGAGAAUAACAACAAAUCGGCAGCUUCUUCGGAGACGGCACACGAUAGCAAGAAGGGUGGGUCGUCCUCGGGAAGCGGAGAGCAGGCGGCGGCGCCGCCCGUGUGGCCGCCUAAGUUCGUGAUUGCUUUGACCAACAAGGAGAAAGAAGAGGAUUUCUUUGCGUUCAAGGGCUCCAAACUGCCUCAGAGACCCAAGAAGAGAGCAAAGUUUAUUCAACGCACCCUCAAUCUGGUAAGUCCAGGAGCAUGGCUAUGUGAUUUGACCCUAGAAAGAUACGAGGUCCGGGAGAAGAAGAUCUCCAAAAAGGAUGUGUUGCAGAGACCAAGAGGGCUAAAGGCUAUGGGAAAUAUGGAGUCUGAUUCCGAAUAAGCCCGUCUGCACAAAGAACGUAUUAGGCUUAGUCCGGGUCAUAAUUUUGUGGAUGACGACGACUCUUGUGAGAUGUUAGAACCGUGUAGCUUUCAAACUUUCAUGGUGGUGAAUUUCAAGUGAUAUAAAUAUAUAUAAUUUUACUUUCCA